UGUUAAAGGUUUUUGAGGUUUAAACCAGCCCUAGCCGUGUUCAUCCCCAACCACACUCUGUUUUUUUUUUUUUAAUAAAUAACCACACUCUGUUCUCUCCGAGAGUCUCUCUCCGUCGCGUCUGCAUACGUAUUCGAGAAGAGAAUCGACGCUUUAGCCUCACUAUCUGUCUAUCUCUAUUUCGCAUUCACAAGAACCUCAUAAUAGGGUAAAGAAAAAGAAAAAAAGCAGUGGUCUAAAUCGCUCGAACAGUUUGCGCAGCUGCUAGUGCCCAUUUCAACGAGAUAUGGAUAAAAAGCCCAAGGGAAAAAGCAAAGUGAAUAUAAAGGAUAAAAAUAAAUCGAAGAAGCGGAAGUUAAUUGAGAAGUCACCUGAAUUUGAACAGAAUUUUCUUGAGCAGGAACCAGACUUACUGCAUAUGAAGAAGGAUAUUUCAAAUAAAAUUGAUAGAAAGAAGAAAAGUAACAAGUUAUUGGACAAGAAAAAUGAAAAGGAGAGGCAAGACAAGGGCGAUGUUGACAAAGCUGAUCAGCUUAGUUAUGAGGAUGAAGAUCAUUCCGACAAACAAAAAAAAGGCAGAGUGCAGGAUUCUAGUCAUGCAAUAGGGCGAAAUCAAUCUAAAACUCAAAUUGAUAAACCCAAGAAAACCGCAAAGAAGAAGGAUAAUCUUUCGUCAAAUAAAGGAGAGAAGUUAGUGGAAAAGAGUGACAAUGCUGAACCAGAUGAAGUUUAUCAUAUUACUUCAGUGGAUGAAGACUCCUCAAAAGGAAUGAAAAGGUGGGUACUGGAGUACCAUGAAAGUAGACCAGGAUUGAAGAUAUUACAACAAGGAAUUGAUGAGUUCAUAACUUCCUAUGAAGCGCAAGAGGAACAGGCAAGAAAAGAGAGAGAAGCCCGUGCUGCAGAAGGAGGAUGGACAGUUGUGGUACAUCAUAAAGGUCGGAAGAAGACAAUUGAUUCUGAAAGUGGAAUUACCGUAGGUUCUGUUGCUCAGGCUGCUGUUGUUGACAAAAUGGCAAAAAAGAAAAGCAAGGAAGUUGGGCUUGAUUUUUACAGAUUCCAGCGAAGGGAGGCCCAAAGGAAUGAGAUUAUGAUGUUGCAAAGCAAAUUUGAGCAAGAUAGAAAACGGAUACAGCAAUUGAGAGCUGCUAGGAAGUUCCGACCCUACUGAAUUAUGCGCACAUCUUUUGAAGGAAGCCGUGGAAAUUUCCCACUUUUUUCUAGUAAGAAGCCUUCUGGUUGCAUGAGAUCUUGAAGGAUCUUAUGGAAAAAUUUUCAGGACUUCAAAUGUACAAAUUUUUCGAUGAAUUAGAGUAUUUCCAAAUUCCAACAUAAAAAGAUGAAUUAGAGAACAAAAAAUUUGAGAUAUUUA